CUGGUGCCGGAUCGGGUCCCGGAGUCUUCGCCCACUUCGGGGCGGGAGCCAGAGCUGGGGGUCGGGCUCAGACCCGGAGCGUGGGCUGAAGCGGCGGGCACUGACUCCCCGCGAGAUGGACGGAACAGAAGGCAAUGCUGGGCAGCCGGGCCCCGCUGAGCGGUCCCAUCGUAGCAGCGUGUCCUCCGUGGGAACCCGAGCAGCUGACGUGCUUGUGUACCUGGCGGAUGACACAGUGCUGCCCCUGGCCGCGGACAACCUGCCCUCGCUCAGUGCCCACGAGCUGCACCGGGCUGUCCGUGAGGUUCUGCAGCUCCCGGACAUCGCCCUGGAUGUCUUCGCCCUCUGGCUUGUGUCCCCUCUGCUGGAGGUGCAGCUGAAGCCCCGGCACCGGCCCUACAAGCUGGGCCGCCAGUGGCCUGAGUUGCUGUUGCGCUUCACUGACGCACCCGACGACGACGUGGCUGCAGAUGAGCCUUCCCUGCAGUUCCGAAGGAACGUGUUUUUCCCAAAGCGGCGGGAGCUCCAGAUCCACGAUGAGGAGGUCCUGCGGCUGCUCUAUGAGGAGGCCAAAGGCAACGUGCUGGCCGCACGGUACCCGUGCGACGUGGAGGACUGUGAGGCCCUGGGCGCCCUGGUGUGCCGCGUGCAGCUCGGGCCCUACCAGCCGGGCCAGCCCACGGCCUGCGCCCUGAGGGAGAAGCUGGACUCCUUCCUCCCCGCCCACCUCUGCAAGCGGGGCCACGGGCUCUUUGCUGCCCUCCGGGGCCGAGGGGCCAAGGCGGGCACAGGCGAGCAGGGACUGCUGAGCGCCUACUGCCAAGUGAAGGAGGCGGCCGGCAGUGACGGCGAGCACGGGGCCUCCCUGAGCCCCCACUACCGCGCUUACCUCCUCAAGAGCCACGAGCUGCCCUUUUAUGGGUGCGCCUUCUUCCACGGUGAGGUUGACAAGCCGGCCCAGGGCUUUUUGCACCGGGGCGGGCGGAAACCAGUGGACGUGGCCAUCAGCCUGGAGGGCGUGCACGUCAUUGACAGCAGGGAGAAGCACGUCCUGCUGGGCCUGCGCUUCCAGGAGCUGUCCUGGGACCACACGUCCCCCGAGGAGGAGGAGUCUGUCCUGUGGCUGGAGUUCGAUGGGGACAACGAGGGCACACCGGUCAACAAGCUGCUCAAGAUCUACUCCAAGCAGGCCGAGCUGAUGAGCAGCCUCAUCGAGUACUGCAUUGAGCUGAACCAGACUUCAGAGCCCGCUGCCCCCCUGGAGAACGUGUCUGGCGCCCCCUCGGCUGCGGGCUCCCACCGCCCCCCCGCUCAGCGCCCCCCUCUGCGCAGGCAGGGCAGCGUGGUGAGCAGCCGCCUCCAGCAUCUCUCCACCAUCGACUACGUGGAGGAAGGUCAGCAGAUCAAGCGGGUGAAGCCGAAGCGCACCACGUCCUUCUUCAGCCGGCAGCUGUCCACCAGCCAGGGGAGCUACACCGUGGUGCAGCCCAGCGACAGCCUGGAGCAGGGCUGAGGGCCGCGUCGCCGGGCAGGGGGAGGGCGCAGGGUGAGGCUGCCCCGGACCUGGCCCAGCAUUC